UAUGAAUCAGGGACGAGUCGGGUUUUCAAAAAUUUCUUUGGGUAGUGAGAGAGGGGGAGGAGGUUCGUGUCCAAAAAAGUCCGGGUUUCGAAUAUUAAGUAAGGCUACGGGUCGGAUGUCGGGUCGGGGUUUCGAAAAUUUCUCGAGCUGGAAUUCCGAGAAUUUCUUGGAUCGGGUAUUGAGUCGAUAAACAUUUUAAACCGAGGCUUUAAAAAAUUUUUAUUUUUAAUUUUUAGUCUACCCAAUAACUUUCGAAUGCCUUUUAACCAAGACGCGAAAGAAAAGCAGAAGGAUAUGAGCGAGUUUAAAAGCCUUUUGGGGAUAAGCUUAGAGAUGCCAAAAAUGCCAAAACAAGAAAACAAAGAAAGCAUUGAUACUAAUCUGCCAACAUCGCCUGCUGAAGAGAAAAUUAAUAAAGGCGGAAAUAUUCCCCCUCCAGCUCCUCCAAAGCUCCCACCUGCUGUCGACCGAAAGGAUAAAUACAAGAGACCAGAAGUUAAAAAUGUUUCCGAUGCCCUUAGAGAAUUAAAACAUUAUAUAGAAGAAAAGUCUGGCUUUGAAAAUGAUAUUGCUCACCACGAGGAUAUUUUGUUUAAAAAGGCUUUGGAUAUUUUUCCAGAAUGGAAUAUGAAAAAAAUUUCUUCCCAACUUUCCAAAUUAAAUGAGGAAAGGGAGAAAGAGAGAGAUGAGGGGAAAAAGGGGGAAUUAAUUGAUAAAGUGGGUUCGAUGAUUGAAACGCCUCAAGUGCUUGAUAGUGUUGAUAAAAUAAUAAUUGAUAAGACUAAACAGUUUAAUCAAGAUGCAGUGAAGAAUAGAAUGAAACCGGAAGAGCUGAAGAUGAAACCGGAAGAGUUGAAAAAGCAGUCGGAUAUGUUAUUGGCGUCUACGUCAUUAGUAGAAUUUCGGGUAAAUAAAAUUUUAUAA